UACCUCGCGCUGCUACUUCCGGUUCUUUAUCAUACGAGUUCAACUAUGGCGGUUGGUAAAAAUAAGGGUCUAUCUAAAGGUGGCAAAAAAGGUGUUAAAAAGAAGAUUGUUGAUCCUUUUACACGAAAAGAUUGGUACGAUGUGAAGGCUCCUUCUAUGUUCACAAAUCGUCAUGUUGGAAAGACAUUAGUAAACAGGACUCAAGGAACAAAAAUUGCAUCGGAAGGUUUAAAAUUCCGUGUAUUUGAGGUUUCUCUAGCUGAUUUACAAGAUGACAAUGAUGCAGAGAGAUCGUUCAGAAAAUUUAGAUUAAUUGCAGAAGAUGUUCAAGGCAGAAAUGUCUUGACCAACUUCCAUGGUAUGGAUCUUACGACUGAUAAGUUAAGAUCCAUGGUUAAGAAGUGGCAAACUUUAAUUGAAGCUAGUGUCGAUGUAAAAACAACAGACGGUUAUUUACUAAGAGUUUUCUGCAUUGGAUUUACAAACAAAGAUCAGAUGAGCACAAGGAAAACUUGUUAUGCUCAACAUUCCCAAGUAAAAAAAAUUCGUCAAAAAAUGGUUGAUAACAUUACCAACGAUGUUAUCAAGAGCGACUUGAAAGGUGUUGUUAGUAAGCUAUUGCCUGACGCGAUGGCUAAAGACAUUGAGAAAGUGUCACAGAGCGUAUAUCCACUCCAUGAUGUAUACAUUCGCAAGGUUAAAGUUUUAAAAAAGCCACGAUUUGAACUGAGUAAAUUACUCGAAUUACACGGUGAUGGUGGUGGAAGUAAAAGCGAAGAUGUUGGGGAAAGUGGAUCUAAGGUCGAUAGACCUGAAGGCUAUGAACCUCCUGUACAAGAAUCAGUUUAAUAAUUUUAUUCUUAUGAAAUUUCUUAAAAAUAAAAACUACAAUCCUAUGUAGAAAAAUAAUUAA